UUUGUGCAGGGGGUCUAGGCUGUUCAGGGUGCCAGGGUCUGUGCAGGUGGUUUGCAGCGGGCACAAGGGAGAGAGGAGCUGUCCCGGGUUCUACGGUUAUGAGCAUGUCAGGGCAGGAUGACACAGAACACACAGGAAGUUCAAGGGAACACAUUAAAGAUUGUGAACAACUGGACUGGGGAGGCCACUGCCUUCUGCUGGACACUGAACGGCUCCCACAAAGGGAGUUGAGGUCUCUAUUGACUCCUGAAAGGCCAGGCAAGGCAGAGCUGGGAGCUGCCUUGGUGGGGGUGCAGGUGGCUGGUUGCUAUUGCUGGGUGAGAAGGCUUGGGGUCAAAAGAGGUGGGAGUCAGGGAGCUAGGUCAGACCUCAUCUCCCCUCCUUUCUUCCUGUCCUCCUUCUAUCCCCAAUGUGUUUUCCUCCCCCUUCUCCCUCCUUCCUUACCCAUCCUCCCUCUUGAUCUCUCCAUACUUCCUCCCCCCUCCUUUCCCUUUCCUCCUCCUCCCCAUCUCAGCCCCUCAUCCUCCCCCUCUCUGGCUGUAGGGAGGAAGUUUUGGGGGUGACCCAGGUGGCAGGCAGACAUGCUGAGGGAGAGAUGUCUGCAGUAGCAGGGAUGAGGUGCCUGUGUCCCGCACUCUGCCCUGGCCUCUGACACUGGUUCCUGGGCUGGGGACAUGAGGUGGGGCUUCUUUGUCUCCUUCCCUUACAAGGCAUCUGCUCUGCCCACCCUCAGUGCCUGCAGUGCCCAGGCUGGGUCCCAGGCUGGGAGGCAGGCUCAGGAAGCUGGGGUAGGAGGGUCUAGGGUCUCCUGCUCAGACCUUAGUGAGCCCAGCUGGGGUGGGGGACUGCAGGAGUCCAAGCCUGCCUGGAUUCCUGCCCCCUCUCGGCUCCUGAGGUCAGGGGGCUCAUCCUUGAGCUUUGCCUAGAGAGCCUGUUUGUGCAUGUGUGGGUCCUCUGGGUGUCGGAGGGCCUUGGCCUGUGUCUGCCUGUUCCCGAAGGUGUCCAUGCACGCUCUAGGUCUACCCAUGUGCCUGUGUGCACCUUGGCGUCAUCUUGCACGUGUGGCCUGUGUGUUUGAUGUGUUUGUGCAUCCCUGUGAAUGUCUGCAUUUCUGAGUGUGUACCCAUGUCUCUGUGUGUUCACCUGUAUGCCUGUCUGGGCAUCUGUUUGUGUGUUUGCAGGAAUAUGUGUCCCCAUGUGUCCCUUGAGUGUCUCUGUUGACGUGCCCGUGCCUUCACACGUGUCCCUGAGUCUUGGUUGCCAUGAAGAUGCAGGGAUAAGUCCUGGGGGACAGUGAGGGAUGCUGGGUCCUGGGGCAUCUGCCUGUCCCAUCCUCUCCUGAUUUGCCAGGUAUCCUAGCAACCCUGCUGCCAGUUGCCUAGCAACCAGGUCCCCACUCUUGGAGAAGGUGCUCUGAGCAGGGUCUGAGCUGUGUGGGGACAGGUCUGGUUCUCCUUCAAAGCUCAUGCAGGAAGUACGACCCCAUGACCGGGUGGGAGCUGGUGAUUCAGCUCAGGGGUCACCCAGACAGCCUUGGCCUGUGACCUUUCAUCUCAGUGGAUCAGGCAUGGGACCCUGAGCUGAGAAGGAGGCACCUGUAAAGGAACUGUUCAGCUGUGUGGGUGCCAGGGGCCUGUCUGAGGGAGUGAUGCUCAGGCAUUGAUCUGGGACCCAGCUGUGGCAGAGGUGCCCUUGGCAUUUCAACCCUGUGUCUGACACUCUGAUGGACGGCCUCACACCUCUGAGGCUUCAUGCUCUAGCAGUGGCCGGGUACAGUGGGGUGACUGAGCUCCAGGAGCACACAGUAGGUGCCGGGCCAGUGCCGUGUCCUGGACCCCAGCAUCUUGCCUGCAUGUUUACAAUGAAGCUUUGAUCUGCCAAGAGCUGGCCAGGUGGGGGCAUUUCGGGGUGCUGGGAGCCCAGAUGCAGGGUCCUGGCCAGUCUGUCCAAGGCUGUAUCUCUGUGUGAGUCGUGGCCCUGUGUCUGUGUGUCCGAGUCUGUGAACAUGUCCGUGCGUGUCUCCCUGAGACUCCGUCCCUGGGUGUGAGUCUGUGUGUCCUUGUGUGUCUCUGUCCUGUGUCUCUACUCCUGUGUCUGUGAACCCAUGGGCAUCUCUGUGCAUGUAUCCUGGCCUGUGUGUGCGUCUCCGUCUGGGGUCUGUGGGUCCGAGCCUCCUUGUUCAUCUCUGUCUGUGUGUCUGUCCCCUUUCAGUGUGGGGCCGGCGCAGCCCUGGGCACGGUGACCCACCUUUCCGCAGCCCCCCCACUCCUCCAGCCUGCGUAGCCCCUCCCCCUCUGGAGCUGCAGCCUCCUCCUCCUCCUCCUCCUCCCCUCUGCUUCAGGCUGCCGGGCUCACUCUGCUGCUGCGUCUGGUCUGGCGUCUGCUGAGAAGAUCUUGUACUGAGGCGAGUGGUGGCUGGGCCUCUUCUACCCUGCUCUGCACCUGUGCCAGACUGCCAGCUGGCUGAGGGUGGGGGUCUCCACGGUGGUCCCAGCUCCCAAGGAGGCUGCAGAGGUGCUGCACUGAGUGGAUUUGCAGGGCAGUGGCAUGGAGCCUCUCUUCCCCGCCCCAUUCUGGGAGGUUAUCUACGGCAGCCACCUUCAGGGCAACCUGUCCCUCCUCAGUCCCAACCACAGUCUGCUGCCUCCGCAUCUGCUGCUCAAUGCUAGUCACAGCGCCUUCCUGCCCCUCGGGCUCAAGGUCACCAUCGUGGGGCUCUACCUGGCCGUGUGUGUCGGGGGGCUCCUGGGGAACUGCCUCGUCAUGUACGUCAUCCUCAGGCACACCAAAAUGAAGACAGCCACCAAUAUUUACAUCUUUAACCUGGCCCUGGCAGACACUCUGGUCCUGCUGACACUGCCCUUCCAGGGCACAGACAUCCUCCUGGGCUUCUGGCCGUUUGGGAAUGCCCUGUGCAAGACAGUCAUUGCCAUUGACUACUACAACAUGUUCACCAGCACCUUCACCCUGACUGCCAUGAGUGUGGAUCGCUACGUAGCCAUCUGCCACCCCAUCCGCGCCCUCGACGUCCGCACAUCCAGCAAAGCCCAGGCUGUCAAUGUGGCCAUCUGGGCCCUGGCCUCUGUUGUUGGUGUUCCUGUUGCCAUCAUGGGCUCGGCACAGGUCGAGGAUGAAGGUCAGUGGGGUGUCCCCUCCUCCCCUCACCAGACUCUCCACGGCUCCUGGGUGGCUCCUCUGGGCCCACUUGCCCUCCACGUCUCCUGGGCCCACUCUGACCCCACUUCUCUCCCUGCAGAGAUCGAGUGCCUGGUGGAGAUCCCUACCCCACAGGACUACUGGGGCCCUGUGUUUGCUGUCUGCAUCUUCCUCUUCUCCUUCAUCAUCCCCGUGCUCAUCAUCUCCGUCUGCUACAGCCUCAUGAUCCGGAGGCUCCGCGGAGUCCGCCUGCUCUCAGGCUCCCGGGAGAAGGACCGGAACUUGCGGCGCAUCACUCGGCUGGUGCUGGUGGUGGUGGCUGUGUUUGUGGGCUGCUGGACGCCUGUCCAGGUCUUUGUGCUGGUCCAAGGGCUGGGAGUGCAGCCAGGCAGCGAGACUGCCGUGGCCAUCCUACGCUUCUGCACAGCCCUGGGCUACGUCAACAGCUGCCUCAACCCCAUCCUCUAUGCCUUCCUGGAUGAGAACUUCAAGGCCUGCUUCCGCAAGUUCUGCUGUGCCUCUGCCCUGCGCCGGGAGGUACAGGUGUCUGACCGCGUGCGCAGCAUCGCCAAAGAUGUGGCCCUGGCCUGCAAGACCUCUGAGACGGUACCGCGGCCGGCGUGACUAGGCGUGGACCUGCCUAUGGUGCCCGUCAGCCCGCAGAGCCCAUCUACGCCCAACACGGAGCUCACACAGGUCACUGCUCUCUAGGCUGACACACCCUGAGCCCUGAGCAUCCAGAGCCUUGGAUGGGCUUUUCCCUGUGGGCCAGGGACACUUGGUCCCAGAGGAGGACCUAGUGACAUCAUGGGACAGGUCACAGCAUUAGGGCUACCUCCAUGGCCCCAGACAGACUAAAGCUGCCCUCCUGGUGCAGGGCUGAGGUGACACAAAGACCUACCUGGAAGCAGCUGCCGUGCUGCUGGAUGGCCGUGACUGGAGCCCGUGCCCCUCGCUGCCCGUGCUUCACAUGACUCUUGGCCUCUCUGCUGCUGUGUUGGCAGAACCCUGGGUGGGCGCACACCCAGAGGAGGAGCAGCGGCUGUGUCAUCCUAUGCACCCUACGUGCUGUGUGCUGUUUGCAUGGCAGGGCUCCAGCUGCCUUCAGCCCUGGGACGUCUCCUCAGGGCAGCUGGACAGGCUUGGCGCUGCCCGGGAAGUCCAACAGGCAGCUUUUCUUUGGGGUGGGACUUGCCCUGAGCUUGGAGCUGCCACCAGGAGGACUUGCCUGUUCUGACUCCACCUGUGCAGCCAGGGCCACCCCAGGAGAGUGUCCAGGUGGGCUGGCCGUCCUUGGCUGCAGACCCUGAGCUGCCAGCCGCACCUCUGAAGGUUUCCUGUGUGCUGCACGGUGCAGGCCUCAUCCCUGACUGCAGCUUGGCUCUGGGUCCAACCCCCAUUUCCCUUCAGGAGACCAACGGGAGGCCCUGGCCCAUUCCCUCCAGUAGUGCAAUGAACUGUCAUGCUGUGGACCGUCAACCGAGCUCUGCUUCUCGGUGUGUGGUGGGUGUCUCAGGAGGAAGACGCCGUGUGACCACAUGGGCGGCUCUGUUGUUCACAAAGUAGAGGCCUCAUUUUCCUGGUCUUGACUGUUGUUUGGAGCAGGGUGGGAGAAGAUUCUCUGGGGGUCUCCACAUCCUCCCAGGGCUCCCCUCACAGCCUCUCCUUUGCUUGAAGCCGGAGGUCAGUGGCCGUGCAGUGUUUUGGGGAAGCUGUGUUGCAGGGGAAGCUGUGUGGAAGGAGAAGCCGGUGACCACAGCGGAGUCCUGCUCUGAUGACGCCUGCUUCAUUUACAAGCCUCAGGAUGGCUCUGCGUAGGGCCUGAACUUGCUGCCCGACGAGAGGAUAGCUUCACAGCAGAGCCAGCAUGAGGGGUGGGGCUUGCCAGGGCUUGCUUGAGCCAAACUGCAAGCGCUGUGGUGGCUGCGAGAACACUGUGGGGGUGGGAGGGGGUCUGUGUACCUCAGGGGAUGUCCUGCUGUGGUCAACCAGAGAAUCACCGUUCCUGGUCUAGAGAUGGAAGCUGCAGGUUGGUGACUUUGCAAAUGCACUUCCUACAGACGAACUAUUAAAAGACCUGGAACAUUGAAAAAACUCAUUUUUUCCAUCAAGACUUUGGCCAGGUAACCUUAGGCUCCUGCCAAGAACAGUAAGUGAUGGCCAUCUCACCACAGAGCCUGGGCUGCUCCUCCAGCUCUGGGGAGUCUAGGCCAUGGGGACUGUCCCUGGGGAGGCCCAUGCUGUCUCCGUGACAUCUGUGGCAGGAGUCUCUGAGAAUGGGAGCUGCCUAGCUACAGUGUUUUCUUGCCAAGGCUAAGUGUUUUGUGACUCUGUGCUGACGUAAUGUGCAUCUUCACGUAUUUAUGCAUGUGGCAAGCGUUACUUCCUGUGCACGCAGCCAGCCCUGGGUCUGUCUCUGGGGUAAUGAAAAAGGACCCUAAUAAACACCUGCUCACUGUCUGGGUACUCUUC